AUGGCUUCGGUGUGGCAAUCGGUAAAGGGUGUGCAUGUGUCUAAGAUUCAACAAGGCUUGUUCUUGUUCAUUUUCUAUCAUGAGACAGAUAUACAACAUGUCUUAGAGGGUGGACCGUGGUCUUUUGAGAAUCAUACUUUGGUUUCCAGGCAGAUCCGGGAUGGUGUGAUUCCUGUUACGGUGCCUCUUGGUACUGUCGAUAUGUGGGUGCAGGUUCACGAGUUCCCCCUUGGGUAUACCUCUAAUGUGAUCUUAGAGCAAGUUGGGAAUUUUUUGGGGAUUUUCGUCAAGAUUGACGAUAUGUUUGCUGAUGCACCAUGGAAGACUUUCUAUGGCAUUAGGGUUUCAAUUCCUGUUGCGAAACCACUAAAGCGCCGUAUGAAGUUUUUGAAACGAGACAAGACGACUUGCUGGGUGAAUUUUAGGUACGAGAGGUUACAUAAUUUUUGCUUUUUCUGUGGUAUGCUGGGACAUUUGUAUAGGUACUGUUUAAAGGCCCGGGAAUCGGCUUUAAAGAUCGAUCAAUACCCCUAUACCGAUGAUAUGCGAGCCGAGCAAAGGAGGGGACCGAGAAUGGUAGGUGCACCGUGGCUCUGGGAUAAGGACAGAAAACCGGUACAACAGGCGCUGAAUGUGGCUUCUGGACUGCCGGGGGCUCUGUCCGCCGAUGUUGCGGCGUGUUCGGAUACUAGCUGGCGGGGACCCAAUCAGGUUGUGGUGAGUAGGAUGUUAUGA